AUGUCCGACGUCGCCCUGCAAUUGACGGCCCCGAAUGGGCACAAAUACUCGCAGCCCAUCGGUCUGUUCAUUAACAACGAGUUUGUGCCGUCGAAGUCCGGCGAGAAGUUUGCCACUAUCAAUCCCUCGGAUGAAUCGGAAAUUACCUCCGUCUAUGCGGCCGGUUCGGAAGAUGUCGACCUGGCUGUUAAGGCGGCUCGCAAGGCCCUCAAGGACCCCUCGUGGAAGUCGCUGCCGCCGACGGACCGAGGAAAUUUGAUGCUCAAGCUUGCCGACCUGAUCGAGCAGAACAGAGAGACCCUGGCUACCAUCGAGACGUGGGACAACGGCAAGCCGUACAAUGUCUCGCUGAACGACGACCUGGGCGAGGUUCUCAGUACCUUGCGGUACUAUGCUGGAUGGGCGGACAAGAUCCACGGCCAAACCAUCAGCACCACUCCCGCCAAACUCGCCUACACACUGCGUCAGCCGAUUGGUGUGGUUGGCCAGAUCAUCCCCUGGAACUUCCCCUUGGCCAUGGCGGCGUGGAAGCUGGGUCCCGCGCUGGCCUGCGGAAACACGAUUGUGAUGAAGCCUGCUGAGCAGACCCCGUUGAGCAUUCUCUACCUGGCCACGCUGAUUAAGGAGGCCGGCUUCCCGCCCGGCGUGAUCAACAUCCUGAACGGCUUCGGACGUGUCGCCGGUAGCGCCCUGGUCAACCACCCUGAUGUUGACAAGGUGGCCUUCACGGGCUCGACUGUGACCGGCCGGGAGAUCAUGAAGAUGGCUGCGUCCACGAUGAAGAACAUCACGCUGGAAACCGGCGGCAAGUCGCCCCUGGUUGUCUUCGACGACGCAGACCUCGAACAGGCGGCCAAGUGGGCGCACGUCGGCAUCAUGUACAACCAGGGCCAAGUGUGCACGGCGACCUCGCGAAUCCUGGUGCAUGACUCGGUCUACGACAAGUUCGUCGCCCUCUUCAAGGAAGCUGUCGCCUCCACCAGCAAAGUCGGCGACCCCUUCGCCGACGACACCUUCCAGGGCCCGCAGGUCACCAAGGCUCAGUAUGACCGGGUGUUGUCGUACAUUGAGGCCGGCAAGAGCGAGGGUGCUACGCUCGUGGCGGGCGGCGAGCCCUUCAAGAACGUCGGCGACGGCAAGGGAUUCUUCAUCGCGCCCACCGUCUUCACCAACGUCAAGGACAACAUGCGUAUCUACCGUGAGGAAGUCUUCGGUCCGUUCGUGGUCAUCGCUAGCUUCACGACGGAGGACGAGGCGGUGACGCGGGCCAACGACACGACGUACGGACUUGGUGCGGCCGUUUUCACCAAGGACAUCGAGCGCGCGCACCGCGUGGCCUCGGACAUCGAGGCCGGCAUGGUGUGGAUCAACAGCAGCAACGACAGCGACUUCCGGGUGCCAUUCGGCGGCGUCAAGCAGAGUGGUAUCGGUCGCGAACUCGGCGAGGCCGGACUGGAGGCUUAUUCGCAGACGAAGGCGGUUCACGUCAACAUGGGCAGCAGAUUGUAA